CCAACGUAAAAAUUUACUUGCUCCAUAUGUCAAAGCUAUUAAAUACUUCUUCUGCACUAUUCAAGUACAGGAGAAAGGUUUUGGCUACGAAAAGUAGAGAUCAAUAGAUAUAGUUCAUCUAAGAAUCUUGCCUCUUACAUAGCAUUUUUCUCUCAAAAAGAAUGGUUCAUAGGAUUUUUUUCUGACUCCUAUCGCGCAGAAUCCGAAACUUUCCACCACUCCGACUUGGUAGCUUGCGAGCUGGGACCUCCCUUUCUCCUAGCUACUUCAAGCUAACUUUGAUGAGUAGGUCAAACUAUUAUUUGAGCAACACUAAAUCUCUCAUUGCAAUUUGCCAAAUCUUUGUUUGACAGGAGCUAUUUCCUUCGCUUGAGAAAAAUGAAUUCGUAAAAUGCAAAUAUAAGUGGACAAUCUUCGGGUCAUCAACUCCUCUUUUAGAAGUCACAACUCGCAUUAUCAAAGUUUCUUGUGUGACCUUACCACGUGUAUUGAAUUUACCGUGGAUUACCUACUUAUAUCCAAUUUUGAAUGUGUGUUUUUCACCUUAAAAAAUAAGUUUCAAGUAUGAUAAGUUCAUAUGAAAUCAGGUUUGAUCAGAUUUAACACAACACUUAAAUUUCAAUAAAGAUCACUCAGGUCUACUAAGUUUAGUUCAAAUAAAUUUAGGUAUUUUCAUGCGAAAAAUACGCACCUGAUAAAGUCGAUCCUGAAUAAGAAUCCUGACGCUAUGGCGCGGGAGGGCAGAAUUUUGAAUUUAAAUCGGAAUAGUGUUAGGAAAAUGACCCAUCCCCUAAUUAUUGCAUUAACCUUAUGAUGGAGGACUGUAAUAACUUUUUUAAGUAGCUGCUGUACUUUGUUAUGCCAACUUAACCAAAAAAAAAAAAAAAAAAACUUCCAACUCUAUUUACCCGUCUUAUCUUUUUUGAAGUAAAAUUCUCGAUUACGGGCUAAUAAUUAUCCAAAUAUGAAGUGAAAACUGGAAUAACAGUGAGGAGAAGAGUAUUUCAUCAACUAAAAAAGACAUCACCAUUAAAAUUAGUCCAAACAAAUUAAAUUUUAUCCAAUUUCAUGUCGCUUUUAUCUAUUGCAUAUUCUUAUCAUGUUAACGAACAAUUCGUUUUGAAUUUUUGAUGCACAUCAUUCAGAGAUGAUGCAUAUUCCUAUAUCUUCCUUAGUUGUUUCAGCUCCACUCAAUGUAGUCUACCCCAACCCAGUUCAAAGCCUAGAUAAAUGCUCAUCAAUGGCGGAACUCAAGCAACUUCACUCCCAAAUCAUUCGUCUUGGCCUCUCAUCCGACAACGAUAUAAUGGGAAGAGCUAUCAAAUUUUGUGCCUUCUCUAAAUGCAGUGAUUUGGUUUAUGCACACCAGAUGUUCGAUAAAAUGCCUCACCCAGAUGCUUUUAUAUACAACACCCUCAUUAGGGGUUAUUUGCAAUGUCAAUUGGUUAGGGAAUGCUUUAUAUUGUACUUGCAAAUGUUGCAGGAUUCUGUUAUGCCCAACAAUUUCACGUUCCCUUCUCUUAUUAGAGCUUGCUGCAUUGAUAAUUGGGUUGAGAAAGGCAGGCAAAUUCAUGCCCAUGUUGUAAAAAUGGGGUUUUUAGAUGAUAAAUUUUCUCAGAACAAUCUACUUUACAUGUAUGUGAGUUUUGGGUGUUUGGAGGAAGCUCGUCGGGUUUUCGAUAAGAUGCCACAAAGAGAUGUUGUUUCUUGGACUACCUUGAUUAGUGGGUAUUCUCAAUUGGGUCUUGUAAAUGAUGCUUAUGAGGUUUUUAAGUCAAUGCCUAAUAGGAAUUCUGCUGCUUGGAAUGCAAUGAUAGCUGCAUAUGUUCAGAAUGAUCGUUUCCACGAGGCGUUUGCUUUGUUCAAUGAAAUGAGGAUGGGAAAUGUAGAGUUGGAUAGGUAUGUGGUAGCUAGUAUGCUAUCUGCUUGUACAAAGUUGGGAGCUCUGGAUCAAGGAGAGUGGAUACAUGGAUAUAUCAGGAAGAAUGGAAUAGAGAUGGACACAAAACUCGCAACCACAGUUAUUGACAUGUAUUGCAAAUGUGGGUGCUUGGAAAAGGCUUUUGAAGUUUUCAAUGGUUUGCCUUCUAAGGGGAUCUCUACAUGGAACUGCAUGAUUGGUGGAUUAGCAAUUCAUGGAAGAGGAAAAGCUGCUAUAGAGCUUUUCAAGGAUAUGGAGAGAGAGACGGUUGCACCUGAUAACAUCACUUUCUUGAAUGUGCUUAGUGCUUGUGCUCAUGCGGGGUUGGUUGAGACAGGCCGUCAUUACUUCAAGCAUAUGACUGAAGUCCAUAGACUCGAACCAAGAAUGGAACAUUACGGAUGCAUGGUUGAUUUAUUAGGUAGAGCAGGACUGCUGGAAGAGGCCAGAAAGCUUGUUGAAGAAGAAAUGCCCAUGGAAGCUGAUGCUGGGGUGUUGGGCGCCCUUGUUGGAGCUUGUAAGAUCCAUGGAGACAUCAAUCUAGGAGAAAAUUUCGGGAAGAGAUUAAUUGAAUUGGACCCUAAUAACAGUGGCCGAUAUGUUCUACUGGCGAAUCUCUAUGCAACUGCAGGCAAAUGGAAUGAUGUUGCGAAUAUCAGGAAGCUAAUGAAUGAUAGAAAGGUGAAAAAGGCUCCUGGUUUUUCAGUGAUCGAAAUGGAAGGCGUUGUUAGUGAAUUUAUUGCAGGAGGCAGGGCCCAUCCUGAAAGCAGGAAGAUUUAUGCCAAGCUUGAUGAGAUGCUGGAAAGCAUAAAAUGCCUUGGAUAUGUUCCAGAUAAAGACGGGUUAAUUCAAGAUAUUGAUGAGGAAGAAAAGGAGAAUCCUUCGAACUAUCACAGUGAAAAGCUUGCCAUUGCAUUUGGGCUAUUGAAGACCAAGGCAGGACAAACCAUUCGCAUCUCAAAGAACUUGAGAGUUUGUAGAGAUUGUCACCAAGCAAGUAAACUCAUUUCCAAGGCUUUUGAUCGCGAAAUUAUAGUGAGAGAUAGGAAUCGUUUUCACCAUUUCAGGAAUGGUGAAUGCUCUUGCAAUGAUUUCUGGUGAGAUGUGGAUUCUAUAGAUGCAAACAGAUGUAGCUUGUGAAUAGCUCACCUGUACAUAUCGCUUUUAGUACUUAACCAGCAUAUACCAUGAGGACUAUGUCUUUCCCUCUGUCUCAUAGCUUUUGAUUCACAGCCUUAUUGAAAAUUCUGAUUUUUUUGUUUAGUUCUGAGAAUUAUUUAUGCAGUGCUUGAUGCUAAGUACAGUGAAGUUUAUGGGUAGAAAAACCCCUAGCUCUAUUACUGUUCUUUUUUAAUCGUUGAACUGCUGUUGAUUGUCUAUGAGAAGAGUCUUCUUUUAGUGUUACAAGUGCAGUUUCACCGUGAACACUGCAUUUCUAAGUGAGUCAGUGUUGCCUCCUCCUGCGAUUCACUAGUGGUUUAGUACUUUGGUUUAUGGAUAGAUCAACGCGUGAUGCUUUGACCUUUAAGAAUUUUUACUUACCCCUGAGAUUACAAUAAUGUGCUUUCUUCUGCUAAUUAAUUUUCAAGAUUUGGACCAUAAAGCUUGAUGGCGAACGGAUUAAGCUGCAUAUAUGGGGUACUCCUGGUCAGGUAACGCUCAGGAUCAAUCAUAAUGGGUGAUUGCCCGUGCUUCACUUUUGUAGUGUUGUGCAUUCUUGGGAACUACUGAUUAGCAUGAAAUAAUUUUGUUGAACAGGCUCAUUUAUGUAAACUGCUCAAAUGCUAGUGGUGACUUUUAGCACCUUUUUAGAUACUUCUAUUAAUUGGGUUUGUAUGGAAUCUAAGUUUGGUAUUUUAUGUGUAUAUGUGAUGAAAUGUAAAAUUUCAUUUGAUUUCUGAUAUAUCUCAUGGUAUUAGAUAUGUAAAAAUAAUUUCUAAUAUGUCAGCAUAUUAUGACAGAACCCAGGGUAUUCUGCUGAUUUACGAUGUAACUCAUGAGUCAUUGAUAAACCCUUGAUUUCCUCUUAUCCUCGUUUUCUGCUGGUGUACGAUGUUUCCUGCACCUCUGAAGUUUCAGUCUUUCGAUUAACUUAUGGCUUGAGAAAUCACUGUCCAGUGUCCAUUGACAAUAGUUUUAAGAGGUGCAGGUGCAUCUUUGUGUACUAUGUACCUUUUGUUUUUAUUCAUUGCUUUUGACUAGAGAUAAACUACUUCUACUUUAGAUUUUAAGGCCUUUUUCAGAUGUUAGAAGCUGGUGGGCGAGUAGGCAACAAUGAGCAGCAUGCUUCUGAGUUCUGACAACAUGAACAAGAUAUUGGCAUGAACGGGAGUAAGAAGAGGGCAAGAAAUGUUAGGCUUCUAAAGUACCAACUUUCUUUAUUCUGUCAAAUGAAGGUGGCUCGGACUGGCAUUUUCUCAUGUCCGCCUUGCCUUAGGCCCGUUUAACAUCGACCCACCCACCUUCCCCUGUCCUGUCAAAACAGAGGGCAAAGACGAAUCUACAUGUGGAGGAGGUUUCUUUCCCACAUACCGGGACACACAACCUUGCUGAUUCUGAUGCAAGGCAAAAGGUACUUAUCAUAGAGGCUUUUCCAAACCCCAAAAAACUCAAGGAUGAGUCUUCUUCUGAGAAUGUUGUGAAUCAAGAAGGUGUAAGGCAACAUGAGUCUUCUUCUGAGGAUGUUGUGAAUGAAGAAGGUGUAAUGCAAGAUGAUCAAAGUUUGGACUUUCGUCAAUAUCAACUUUUCCCUAAUGGAAGUUUGGAUGUGCAUCAAUAUCAACUUUUUCCUUCUAAUUAAGUGAAUGUAUGUCUGAAUGUUUAGUAUUUACAACAUAUUGUAGUGACUGUCAAAAAUUUAGUAUUUGUUAAUCAUAUUCUAAUGUUCAAUACAACGAUUUAUUAAAUAUUUUUAUUUUAUUUUAUUGAGACUCUUGUUUA